GCUCGCGUAAACUCCGCAGACUAUCUUUGUUCCUCACGCUCACUUACUUGGCAGUACCAUAAACUCACGCCCUACUAUCACCUCAGUCAAUAAACGCUUAAAAGUGUACUCGACCCCGGGUUACCGACACACUUUUUAAAGCAAAACCCUUAGGGGGUCACACUACCCACCCGCCACCACUUGAUGCACAAUAGAACGACAUCCUUGACAGGGUACCUCGUUAUUUUUUGCGUGGAGUCUCUUUGACUACUUUCAGCUGCGGAUUUUAUUCAAAAAGUGUGACCAUAUCUCUCUUUUUUGGCGAGAGACCUGAUCCUUUUAAAAUGCUCAGCUACGAGAAUCCUACACCACCCGCCCCAUCAGCCUCUACAGCUGCGGAAUCAUUGGCGACAUCUUUAUCAUCAUCCUCAACAACGUCGACAGUACCAGGAUCUGCUCCUGACAACAGCGUCUCCCAGUCAUCAAUGGCCAGCACGAUGAAAGCCACUGGCAGCUCAGCCUCUGCUACCACCAGUGGCGCAACCAACCGCUCUGCCGCUCACAUUUGGCUUGUGACCGGGCCGGCUGGGUGUGGCAAGAGCACAGUCGCCCAGCACCUGGCCACAAGCCUCGAGGUUCCUUACAUUGAGGGCGAUGAGUACCACCCACCUGCCAACAUCGAAAAGAUGAGCAACGGCAUCCCGUUGACGGACAUGGACCGCUGGGACUGGCUGAUCCUGCUCCGAGACGAGGCGGUGCGGAGGCUGGGAGAGGGCGGCAGCAACACCAAAGGCGUGGUGGUGACAUGCUCGGCCCUCAAGCGCAAGUACCGCGACGUCAUCCGCGUGGCCCGCUACUUUGAGCCCAGCGUCCAGGUGCACUUUAUCUAUCUGGCAGCCACCGAGGAGGCGCUCCUGGAACGAGUCGCUCGUCGCCAGAACCACUACAUGGGUGCCAACAUGGUCCGUAGUCAGUUCCAGGACCUCGAGCCCCCUAGGCCUGAUGAGACCGACAUCAUCAGCAUCGACGUGAGCGGCACGCUCGACGACGUCAAGACAUCGGCACUGAAUAAGGUCAGGGAGGUUAUGGCAGGGGAUCAAUGAUGGCCGGCAAUUAAUUUUUUUGGUGCUCAGGAUAAAAGAUGUGUUUUAUGGAUAAAAGGUGUCCGCGGGGAAUUUGGUUUGACUUGGGUUCUCCCGGGUUCCCUGGCCUUGCAGCUGAUUGGGGGCUUUUGCUGCUAUGGUGGCCACACUCGCAGAGCUUGCAUCGUUAAAAACGGCUCCAUGACGGUAUGGCCCGAAGGCAACCGCGUGUUCAGGCAACAUUUUGUUCCGGCUCGUAUUUGGGGGGUGGCUUUCCAAAAAAAGAAGUUCUGUUUAAGCGAAGGUUGUCUAUGCAGGGCGCCGGUUUGGGCUACAGACGGAACCUUUUUUUUUUUAUUUCACACCACUUUGGACGGAUUGCUGGGACGCUAGAUGUAAGCGUAAAUGGGGGGAAGCAAGCGUUGCAUUUUCUUUUCUUUCUGUAAGAAGGAUGGAGGUAUUUGCGUGUCUUUUUAUAUUCUAAAGCGAAACCUCGUUGUAUAAAAAAACCCUCAUUAUUCGUGUUUAUAUUUUACUUCUUUUGCCAAUCAUUCUUUUG